GCUACAAUUAGUGAUCCCAAUUUCCGCUUCCGACCUCACCCACCGCAGACAUGGGGGCUGACGGAAUCACCAAGGCGCCCACGGUUGCCAUAGAAACCGUGCUCGUUGUCAGGCCAAUCAAGGUGGUAGGACUACUGUGUGGAGUUCUGGCCGUGCUGUUGCUGAUGCUGUCUGUGGCGGCCACGGCCUGGCUACAAGCUAACGGCAGCAGGGAGGGCUUGUGGGAGAAAUGUACCUACAACCAAACCAUCCCUGAUUGGCUGGAGUGUGACUUGGGACUGCCACGGGAGUGGAUCACGGCGUGCCAGGCCCUGUGCCUUAUCUCCCUCAUCGUCUGUAUCCUCGCCAUCGUCGUCACAUCCGUGGCUCUGCGCACCAGCAACUUCAAGAUCAAGUACAAACUUUACUGGGCGGGACUCACCCUCUUCUUCUUGGCCGUGAUGUUUGAACUCAUCUCACUCGUCAUCUUCCCCAUCAAGUUUCUGGACGAGAUUCAGAACAGGGACGAGGCACAGUGGCGUUUUGGCUGGGCCUAUGUGAUCGGCUGGGCGGCCGCUGUGUGUGAAUUCGCGGCCGGCCUGUUCCUGUUGCUGGACAGAGGAGCGGAGGAGAUUCUGUACAGGGAAAGGGUGUUGCAUGAGGAGAAUAAGAACGGGAUAGA